CAAAUUUGCUACGUGUUUGAUUGGGAAAACUUUGAAUUUCCGACGAUAUAUAUAUGAAUGACCGCUUUUUUUUAUAUAUAUAUUCUGUUUAUUUCUUUUCUUCUCUUUCUAUAUCAUGUUUACUAGAUGGCAGAAGGCUGGUCCUUUACUUCAACAUGUUAGAUACAAGUCAAAUCUUACUUUUGGACGUAUACACGGUUUGAACGGCAAUAAACGAUAUCCUGUAUCUUUUUUAUCAACUGAAGAUCUAGGUGAUAAAAAAUUGACAGACUACCCAGAAUUUAUUAUAGGAUGGACACCAAAACAAGAUGAAAUUGAUUCAAAGACAUUUAUGCCAAAUGAUACUUUUUUAAACUACUUGACUCAAGUUUUCUCUAAUCAUAUUCACGAAAUCAAUGAUAGUACUUUGAAAGGAAUGGCUCAAUAUCAAAAAGAAGGCUGGUUACAUAUAGGGGAUGAACGUAAUCCACCACCUUGGGGAAGGAUACCAAAACCUGAAGAUAUCAUUGGUAGUGUUUUAUUACAAGAUGGUAAAAUACAAGCUGGAACAUAUCAAUCUAUGCCUGCUUAUAGAUUAGCUACCAAGAAGGGAUUUAUGCAAUUAUCAAAACCAUUAGAACAAUAUUUAGUAGAUGUAGCCAAACAAAAAUUAAAAUAAAAAAU